GCAGAGAUAUAGAUUCAACGUUUGACUUGGUUCUUCAACAAUUUCAGAAGUAGGAAAAAUGGAGAGGGAAAGCAUGGAAGAAGGGCUGUUAACAGGCAGAUAUGGACCACCAAAUGAAACAAAACCAAGCAUCAAUGGUGGCGCCGGCGGUGACAGUAUUACCAGCGACCUUAACAUACCAUCAUCGCCGGCAGCUUCCUCAUUGACAUCUGUUCUCGUCUUCAGUACGUUUGUUGCCGUUUGUGGCUCUUUCUGCCAUGGCUGUUCUAUUGGUUAUUCAUCACCUGUGCAGAAUGGGAUCAUGGAAGACUUGAGCCUCUCUGUGUCAGCAUACUCUGUUUUCGGUUCAAUAACGACAAUUGGAGGAAUGGUAGGAGCAUUUUUAAGUGGGAAGAUAGCAGAUCUUAUCGGUCGAAAACGGACAAUGUGGUUCUCUGAUGUCUUCUGCACUGCUGGGUGGCUAUCAAUAGCAUUCGCAAAGAAUGCCUUGUGGCUGGACAUCGGAAGGCUGUUGAUCGGAAUCGGGGUUGGUGUGAUUUGUUAUGUGGUUCCUGUUUACAUAGCUGAAAUAACACCUAAGAGUCACCGUGGAUCAUUUGCAUCGGCAAAUCAGUUGAUGACUACAUGUGGGUUUGUACUUAUAUUUUUCACUGGAACAAUCAUUUCGUGGCGCACACUGGCUAUGAUCGGUGCAAUCCCCUGUGUAGUACAGAUUAUAGGCUUGUUUUUUAUUCCGGAAUCCCCUAGAUGGCUGGCAAAAUCCGGUCGAGAGAAAGAGUUUGAGGCUUCUUUGAAGUGUCUAAGGGGAAAGGACUCGGAUAUUUCCGAAGAAGCUUCUGAUAUCAGAGUUUAUAUGGAAACUCUUGAGCAACAGACAGAAGAAAGUUUCCUCGAAUUGUUCCAAAGGAGAUAUGCUAAUGCACUCAUUAUUGGAGUUGGCCUAAUGUUAUUGCAACAACUAGGAGGAAAUAGUGCUAUGGCAUAUUAUACCAGUAGAAUAUUCAACGAAGCCGGCAUAUCAGGUAACCUUGGCCUUCAAGUUUUAGCUAUUGUACAGAUUCCGGCAUCUAUUUUAGGUUUAUUUUUAAUGGAUAGAUCCGGCAGACGACCGCUCCUAUUGGUUUCUGCAAGUGGACUGUGUUUUGCUUAUUUUCUUCAGGGACUGUCAUUCUGCUUUAAGGAAUUCCCCGAUCUGAAGGCACUUACUCCGUCUGUGGCAUUUACCGGCACAUUGAUCGGUGCUACAUUCUACUCGAUAGGCUUGGGAGGAAUACCGUGGAUUAUAAUGUCGGAGAUAUUUCCUAUCAAUGCUAAAGCUCAAGCUGGAAGCCUGGUGACUCUAGUCAAUUGGUCCACUGCUUGGGUCAUUACUUACAGUUUCAAUUUUAUGAUGGAAUGGAGCGCAGCAGGAACAUUUUUCUUUUUCUUGGGAAUCUCAGGGUUAACUGUUGUAUUCGCGGCCGUGUUGGUCCCGGAGACAAAGGGGAGAACACUGGAGGAAAUACAAGCAUCUAUCGCUCAUUUUCUGUACAUUUAAGACAUAAGGAAUGGACAGGAAUGCACCAAUAUGUAUAAGCAAUACGCAUAUGGCUUACUUUCAUCCGUAUAUUUACAAGUGAUCAUUCCCAAGGAUGAACAAUGCUGGUGAACCCUUCUGCAUUUCCACAUAUCGGUCUUAAAAGACCCUGCAUAUUACAUCUGUAUACUGUAUACGUGCAAUGUACUGAUACAUUAAUACGUUUUAGUAGGAUGUAACAACCCAAAAACCUUGUAUUAUCAAAAUAGCGAAACAAAUAAGUCCCUGUACUGAUCAGUACUGCA